CCGCGCACUGGCUCCGUCCAAAGCCAUCUUUGCAUUGUUCCUGCCUUCGGGCUCUCGGGGCUUUUAUUUCGUGGCUCUCCCCCUCCCGCGCUCCCCACUUCCCCAGGCGCGCGCCGUCGGACCUGUACACUCUGGGGCUUAUUUUUGUAUUUUAACUCUAUUUUAUAUACCGCACAAACAUCCCAAGCCAGCCAUGUCGGACACCGCCGUGGACACCAGUUCCGAGAUCUCCACCAAGGACUUGAAAGAGAAGAAAGAGGUUGUCGAAGAGACAGAAAAUGGCAGAGAUGCACCGGCCAAUGGCAACGCUGAGAACGAGGAAAACGGGGACCAGGAAGCCGACAACGAGGUAGAUGAGGAGGAAGAAGAAGUUGGAGACGACGAGGAGGAUGAGGAAGACGGUGACGGCGAAGAAGAAGAUGGCGAUGAGGAUGAUGAAGCAGAGGGUCCCACAGGCAAGCGGGCAGCUGAGGACGAUGAGGAUGACGACGUCGAUCCCAAGAAGCAAAAAACCGACGCGGAUGAUUAGGAAGCGGAGUGCUAAACAGAGAGAGAAAACACGUUUUUUUUUAAACUUAAGAGGAAAAAUUUUUUAAAGGCCAGCGUGGCCUACUUCACCUUUGAAACUCCCCGUUGCAGACCCCGUCCCCCGUCCUCUUUGCUGUGGUCACUGUCUGCACAAGUAGAGCAGAAACACCCUGAAAAACGCCAGUGCGCCGCUGCCGGUCGCCCAGUCCCCAUGAGAUGAUAAAGCGGAAGCCUCUUCCCUCGUCCGCUGCCGCCUUGGGGAGCACGGGGGAAGACGGCCCUGUCCCCACCCCACUCUUCCCUCCCCCACGGAAAACUUCAAGGCCCAGCUUGCUUUUCUUAAAAGUAACUUUAAAGGAGAAUUUGUUUGUAUUUUUUAUUUACAUUUUAUAUUUUUGUACAUAAUUGUGACGAGGUCAGCCAUUUUUAACGCGAUCUCCGAUUGACCAAAAGGGGGGCUUUGAUGUGCAGGUUUUUUUCCUCUGUCCCUAAAAACAAAAAAAAUUCUUGACUUUACUUGUGGUGUGACCAUGUCCAAACCAUUAUCUCAAAGGAGAAGAAAAAAAAAAGACCUUGUAAAAAAAGAAUCAAAAACGCAAAAAAAGUCCAAUCUUUAUUCCAAGCAUUCCAGUAACUUUUGUGUAUGUACUUUAGCUGUACCAUAAAUAGUGGUUUGUAUGAGAUGGCAAGGCCAAAGACUAAAGGGUUUUUCUUUUUUCCUUUUUUUUGUCUGAAGUUGCUGUUUUGUUUUGUUUUUUUUUUUUUGGCCUGUUUGUAUGUGUGAAAACGAUGUUGUCCAACAAUAAACCGGAAUUUUAUUUUGCUGAGUUGUUCUAACGAAGCUGGUUGCACAA